AUGACAAAAUUAAAUGAUGAUAAUAUAGAUACUGAUUCAUCACUUCCUAAAGAAUCAUUAAAAGAAAGGCAAAAUAAAUUUUUAUUAAAAAUUGAUGCAAAACAUGAAUAUAAAAAUGAUAAAGAUGAUGCAACAAAAAGAUUUCAAUAUUUAUUAGGUUUAAGUUCUGUUUUUAGAAAAUUUAUUGAUUUAAAUGCAUCAAAAGAUCCUGAAUUUAAAAGAAGAGUUAGAGAAAUUGAUAAUCAAAGAUCAUUUAAAGAAAAUAAUACUAAAAAAAAGAAACAAAAUAGUAGUAGAAGAAGAAAAACUGAAAAAGAAGAAGAUGCAGAAUUAUUACAAGAUGAAGAACAUCAAGAUGAUGAAGAAAAUCAACAUACUAUUAUAACUGAAUCACCUAGUUAUAUUCAAGAAGGAAAAUUAAGAGAAUAUCAAAUUCAAGGAUUAAAUUGGUUAAUAUCAUUAUAUGAAAAUAGAUUAAGUGGAAUAUUAGCUGAUGAAAUGGGUUUAGGUAAAACUUUACAAACUAUAUCAUUUUUAGGUUAUUUAAGAUAUAUUAAAAAUAUUGAUGGACCAUUUAUUAUAAUUGUACCUAAAUCAACUUUAGAUAAUUGGAGAAGAGAAUUUGCAAAAUGGACACCUGAUGUAAAUGUUGUUGUAUUACAAGGUGAUAAAGAUCAAAGAAAUGAUAUUAUAAAAAAUAGAUUAUAUACUGCAAAAUUUGAUGUUUUAAUUACUUCUUUUGAAAUGGUAUUAAGAGAAAAAUCUUCAUUAAAAAAAUUUAAAUGGGAAUAUAUAAUAGUUGAUGAAGCUCAUCGUAUAAAAAAUGAACAAAGUUCUUUAUCACAAAUUAUAAGAUUAUUUUAUUCAAGAAAUAGAUUAUUAAUUACUGGUACUCCUUUACAAAAUAAUUUACAUGAAUUAUGGGCUUUAUUAAAUUUUUUAUUACCUGAUGUAUUUGGAGAUUCAGAACAAUUUGAUGAAACUUUUGAUCAACAACAAAAUAAUAACUCGGAAUUAAGUGAAAAACAAAAACAAGAACAACAAGAUAAAGUUAUACAAGAAUUACAUCAAUUAUUAUCACCUUUCUUGUUAAGACGUGUUAAAGCAGAUGUUGAAAAAUCUCUUUUACCUAAAAUUGAAACAAAUAUUUAUACUGGUAUGACAGAUAUGCAAUAUGAAUGGUAUAAAAAAUUAUUAGAAAAAGAUAUUGAUGCAGUUAAUGGAGUUGUUGGUAAAAGAGAAGGUAAAACAAGAUUAUUAAAUAUAGUUAUGCAAUUAAGGAAAUGUUGUAACCAUCCUUAUUUAUUUGAUGGAGCAGAACCAGGUCCUCCUUAUACAACUGAUGAACAUUUAAUAUUUAAUUCUGGUAAAAUGGUUAUAUUGGAUAAAAUGUUAAAAAAAUUUAAAAGUGAAGGUUCAAGAGUAUUGAUUUUCUCACAAAUGUCAAGAGUUUUAGAUAUUUUAGAAGAUUAUUGCUUUUUCAGGGAGUAUGAAUAUUGUAGAAUAGAUGGUUCAACUUCACAUGAAGAUCGUAUUGAAGCAAUUGAUGAUUAUAAUGACCCAAAUUCAUCCAAGUUUUUAUUUUUAUUAACAACAAGAGCUGGUGGAUUAGGUAUAAAUUUAACUUCAGCAGAUAUAGUUGUAUUAUAUGAUUCAGAUUGGAAUCCACAAGCUGAUUUACAAGCAAUGGAUAGAGCUCAUAGAAUUGGACAAAAGAAACAAGUUAAAGUAUUUAGAUUUGUUACUGAGAAUGCAAUUGAAGAAAAAGUAUUGGAAAGAGCAGCACAAAAAUUAAGAUUAGAUCAAUUAGUUAUACAACAAGGUAGACAAACUAAUGCCAAUAAUAACGUUGGUAAUUCAAAAGAUGAUUUAAUUGAAAUGAUUCAACAUGGAGCUAAAAAUGUAUUUGAAAGUCAAAAACAAAAAAAUAAUCUUGAUGAUGAUAUUGAAUCAAUUUUACAAAAGGGAGCAGAAAAAACUCAAAAAAUGAAUGAGAAAUUUAAUAAAUUAGGUUUAGAAGAUUUACAAAAUUUUACAUCUGAUGGUAGUGCAUAUCAAUGGAAUGGACAAGAUUUUGCUAAAAAGGAUAAUAAUAAUAAUAAUUUCAGUUGGAUAAACCCAUCAAAAAGAGUUAGAAAAGAACAAACUUAUUCAGUUGAUAAUUACUACAAGGAUGUUUUAUCAAAACCAAAUGUUGUUGUUAAAGAAAAAGCCCCCAAACAAGUUGUAAUAAAACCAAAACAACCAAAAUUAUAUCAAGCACAAGAUCAUCAAUUUAUAUCAAAAGAAUUGGAAAAAUUAUUAGAAAGAGAACAAUUAGCUUUUAAAAAGGAAAUAAAGUUCCAAUAUUCAAUAGAUGAUUUUGGGGAUUCAGAUGAAGAAUUUUUAAUGGAAGAAGAUAAAGAUGAAUUAAGUAGAGAAGAAAAAUUAAAAAUUGAACAAGAUAAAAUUAAAAAUGUUAAACCAUUAACAGAAGAAGAAAUUGAAUAUAAAAAUAAAUUAUUUAAAGAAAGUUUUUUUUCAUGGUCAAGACGUGAUUUUACAAAUUUUAUUCAUGCAACUGCAAAAUAUGGUAGAGAUUCAUAUAAUAAAAUAUCAAAAGCAUUAGGUAAUAAGACUAAAAAGGAAGUUUCAAAAUAUUCUAAAAAAUUUUGGGAAAAUUAUAAAUUAAUAGAAGGUUAUGAAAAAUAUUUAAAUCAAAUCGAUAUAAUGGAAAAAAAAAGAGAAAAAUUAUUAAAUCAACAAAAAUUUUUAUCAAAUAAAAUUGAAUCAUUAAAAGAUCCAAUAGAAGAUUUAAUAAUUCAAUAUCCUCCAAAUAAUUCAAAAAGAGUUUAUUCUAAAAUUGAAGAUAAAUUUUUAUUAAAUUGUGUUUAUAAAUUUGGUCUUAAUGAUGAAAAAUUAUAUGAAAAAAUAAAACAAGAAAUUUUAAAUUCUGAUAUUUUCAAAUUUGAUUGGUAUAUACAGUCAAGAACAACUCAAGAAAUAAGUAGAAGAAUUAAUACUUUAUUAUUAGCAAUAUCAAGAGAAAUUGAAGGUCCAGUUUCAAAAAAGAGAAAAUUAAAUAAUAAUUUAAGUUCAAAUAAUAGUUCAAGAAUUGGUUCAGUAGAGCCAAACAGUAAUGGUAAUGGUAAUGGUAAAUAA